CCAGCCACUCUUCCCUUCCACCGACACCCUCAAGCAGCCCGCUACCCCGACGUCAUUCACUGAGCGCGCGACGGCGUUUUUCAAGCACCCCCUCCGCGCACGAUCGUCCGCGACGUCCCUGCACUCAUCAGUCUCCGCCACCCCAUCAGCAGCACAUUUCCCUGAUCCUCCUGCGUCGAAUCACCCUUUUGCUGCGAUGGUUGCCGCCCCCGUCCCCGUCGUUACGAGCCAUGACGGCGAGGACGAGAAGGAGUGCCCCGUGUGCCUCGAACCUCUCAGCUUCAGCUUCAGACUUCCGGGCGAAAAACCGCAUAUCGUGCCUGAUUGCGGGCAUGCCCUUCACGAGGCAUGCUUCACCGCUGUGUAUGGCCCUGCUCCCACUCAAAGCAAAUCAGCAGCACAGUUCCCACGCAAGUCAAAUCUUGGGGUGUGUGGUGUCUGCAGAAGGCCGAUGAAAGUGUCCGACAGUGACACCGGCAAAAGCAACAAACUCGCUGCUCUCACUGGCAUGGGCGAGCGUAAUACAACGUCUCUCUAUCCGGGAAGGGAGACGCCAAUUGGUUCGCGCAGCACUCAAACGCCGCACCCGCAACAGCCCAAGCCAUUUGAUCCAACUGAGGAUGAUCCUAUUGAACACACGGGCUCUAUCAAGUCAAACUCUGACCAUUCAUCGUACAUUGUGUCCCCCAGCAUUCAGGUCCGCCCCGAGUUUUCGACGAUCCAUCGUACAAAUGAACCGAGCCAGCCGCUGACCUGCAUCGUUGUUAUCGAACUACCGAGUCGCCGUACGUCAUCGCACGUCCCCGGUCCGGUCAUCACGGAUGUCUACCGAAGCCCUUCCUCACAAGGCCAGCAUUCUGCCGGUGGUCUCGAGCGCCAUGGCACGAAUACUUCUAACCAAUCUGGUGGACGUUAUCCUCCUUACAAUGAUGCUGCCUCUGAUAACAUGGGCAGAAGGCAGGCGUCCCAGGGUUACUCGAAUGCUCGUUCUCCAUCGCCUGAUCAUCACAGUCAGCAUCACACCAGGGGAUCCGUGGCAGACUCAGAAAUUGAUGCGCCAUAUGAUUCACAGAACGGGCUGACGAGGCCAAGCAACAAUGACAAUCCGUUCAAGAGUAUUACUGAGGAUUUGCGGGCACGCAUCAUUGACUGGAAGGGGCACCCGUUGUCCGGGUUGGGCCCGCUUCAGAUGUUUGACUUACUCUGUGUCAGACGAGACGCUCUUGUCCGAGAAUUCUUUGUCUAUUUGUUCAAGGAGGCUAUAAUCUGUGUCGAAGAAGAGAAAAAGCGUACACUCGGACGGUUUUUGGGUGGGAACACUGGUAACUACGAUGCAUCUGGCAGCGGAGGCGGUGCACCUGGGAGGGGUGUCCUGAAGCUCAAAGGGCGUAUCUAUAUUCGGCACAUCAAACAAGUCACUGAUACAAGUGUGGCGGGAGAGUUAAGCCUGACGAUCGAUAUGGAGGAUGAGCGUCUGGAGUCAUUCAUCCUCAUCUUCAAGGACCGUUCGAGUUUGGAGGCAUGGAAAGCCAACAUCUCGAGUCUCGUCGCGAUGCACCAGCAAGCGGCCCAAUCAGCUCAGAUGGGUGGCAGGUCUGCCCCGACUCCGGACGUCGAGGAGUUCGGUAACGGCCAGAGUAAAGCUAUGCGCAUGUUAAGCGGUAGUACCGCGACGACAUCGAGUUCUAUGGACCGAGAUAGUUUACUGAAUGGCAACGGAUCAAUUCGCUCGUCGUCUACAUCUCACGGGUCAUUGAUGGGGCAAUCCGUGGGACAUGGACGUAUGCCGUUACACCAGCAGCACAAGUUGUCCCCGUUAGGCGAGGAUGAUGAGCUCUACUCGGCUACUUCGCCAUAUGGCUCUUCACCUACGGGAUUUGUAACUCCACAUUUGUCUAGUGGACCUUCAAACUCGCUUACACCAAUCCAGCACCCGUCGCUAGACCUUAUUCUUGUGGUCUCUCUACCACCACCAACGGCAACUCCGUCUACGGCGGCGCUUAAGAAUCGCGUAAUCAAGAAUACGCUGGAUUUCAUUCUGCAUUCUCUGGGACCAAAGGAUCGUUUGAGCUUCGUAACCUUUGAAGUAGGACCGGGCGGGCGUGUAAGGAAGACGCCAUUCUUAUGCGUCGGGCGAGGUCAGAGCCGUCAACGCCUGCAGGCAUUCGUGAACAAUGUCGGCAACGGACAUGACGACACAACUGAUGAGUUCCUCGUACGCGGCUCAAAGGAAGAAAAGACAGAUGUUGUAACCGCCGUGAACCAUGGACUGGAUGUUGUGUUGCAACGGAAAUCGCGUAACCCCACUGCUGGGAUGUUGCUUGUAAGCGACGCCGCGGACAGUACGCGCCGUGCGCAGAUGGAUUUGGUCUUGGCUCGUGCGGAGGCUGGGAAUGUGCCUAUCCAUUCGUUCGGUUAUGGACGGUCGCAUGAUCCCGCUUCGCUCUGGUUGAUGUCAAACCAUACUGGAGGAACAUACACGUUUGUGAAAGAUUGGUACGACCUCCGAGACUGCAUCGCAGGUUGCGUGGGUGGUUUGAUGUCAAUUGGCAUCCUCAACAUGAAGCUUCACCUCAAAAUCGUUGAUGGUCACCGGUUCCGGAUUCGUAAGGUUUCUGGAGGUCCGAGUGCCAUUGUUGCUUCCGACGGACGAGAUGUUGAUAUUGAAGUGGGUGAAGUGCGGUACGGAGAGAAGAAAGAGAUGCUCAUCGAGCUCGAGCUGGACAAUGGCGAAACACAAAACCGUGCGAAUGGACAUGCAGGGAACCGCACUUUGAAUGCUACAGACCAGUUCGUCCAGCGUAUGGGUCUUGACUCCUUGUCAUUAGAAGACUCUGCCGACUUCGUUGACGGCAUGAUGGACCGUAUGAUUGACGAGGUGCCUGUAUUUGAAGUCGAUGGCUCGUUCUUCGACCCUUCAGCCAUUAAACAUGUCUCGCGACUUGCGCAUCCUGUGCUACUUACCAUCACGCUUAUGCCGCCAUCGAGCAACCGCCCGCGUAGCCCUGCUCAAGGCGCAUCCGACCCAGUUAUUCUGCGCCGUCGCAUGGAGCUUCUUGCUUCUGACAUGAUCACUCGUGCACUUGUGCUUGUCUCUCGCAAGAACUAUCCACAGGCUGCGAAGAUCCUCGGCGAGACCCGAAGGAUUCUGCACACUGUGCUACAAAGCAUUUCGCAGAGCUUACCACCACCGACACAAAGUGGACCUACAAUGCGUAACAGGAAAGAGAUCCUUACGCUUUCAGCAGUUCGUGCCUUACAGGCUGUGCUUGCCGACUUGCAAGUGCUUGCGGAAGCUUUGGAAGAGAAUGUGGAUGUGUUUGCACACGAUCAACGAAACUUCGGUGCUCAGCAGGCCAUGAUAUUGCGUGAUCAGAAGAGCUGGAGCGGACGUACACCUACGGAGAAGCUCUUCUGGACAUCUGACAAUUCGAUCGAGCUGAUGUCUCGAAGCACAGACUGGGUCGCAAGGGAAUGAUUGAGCCUUGUGAUGCCAUUUCCUUACCUUGGCGCCAAUUUGAUCGUACAGCUUACGGGCUCGCUUUAUGAUGAAUGAUCUGCAAAGAUGUCUGGGCCCUUCCAAUACCUUUUGGGUUUGCCUUUUUAAUUUCGACGAACGUUUUCUGCUUUCUUUAUUGCCUUCCGCUUCUCUGUUAGUUAUCUUUUACGGCUUUCAUACUUCGUUAGCGCAGUUCCUCCAUUUUGUAUUUCGCCGUAUAUUUGUAAUUUAGGUAUUCUGUGUUCCACCUUUUCCUUGCCUUCUUUCCUAACGCCUCUCAGCUGUUUACGCACCUUCUCUCUGGUCUAUGGCGCUGUUUGGCGAGCUACGGGCGUACGCGUGGGUAUAUAUACAUUUAUAUACGGUUCACACCUUCUUUUCAUCGCCGCCAACCCUGCCUUUCAUUUAUUUGCUAGCUUCUGGCGCAGGCCGUUAACACUUUACCCCACUCUCCUUCAUUAAAUAUGUUUUGCCACUCCCUUCAUUGUUUUCCCUUACGAUGACUUCCGGCUAUCUGGCGAGAAGGUGUAAAGUAUGGUACUUUCUUUUCUUUCUCUUACUCUCCUCUUGAUAUCGUGUUUCCCCGUGUUCCCUUCCUCAUUUUCUCAUUUUUCUUCUCUUUUCUCAUUUCUUUUUAUUUCCC